UCCAUGAGCAGCUCCAGGGUGGGGAGGAGAAGCCCCACAGGUGCUCGGAGUGUGGGAAGAUCUUCAGGUGGAGAGCCAACCUGGUGCGCCACCUCAGAAUCCACACGGGAGAACGUCCCUACCAGUGUGGGGUGUGUGGGAAGAGCUUCAGCCAGAAUUCCAACCUGACUGUCCACCUCAAAAUCCACGCGGGGCAGCAGGUGGGAUCCGAGGGGGACAAACCCACCCUGGACCAGGGUCAGGGAUCAGAGCUGGGGGUCCACGAGGAGCUCCAGGGUGGGCAGGAGAAGCCCCACAAGUGCUCCGAGUGUGGGAAGAGCUUCAGGUGGAGAUCCAACCUGAUCCGCCACCGCAGAAUGCACACUGGGGAGAGGCCCUACGUGUGUGGGCACUGCGGGAAGGGCUUCACCCAGAAAGCCCACGUGAUGGAGCACCAGAAGAUCCACGUGGGGCCACAGCUGGGCGGAAAACCAACCCUGGGUGAUGAAGGGGGUCAGGGAUCAGAGCCGGGGGUCCACGAGCAGCUCCAGGGUGGGCAGGAGAAGCCCCACAAGUGCUCGGUGUGUGGGAAGAGCUUCAGGUGGAGAUCCAAAAUGAUGAGGCAUUUCAGAACCCACACCGGGGGACAGCUGAGACGUGAGGGGGAAAAACCCACCCUGCGUGAGGGAUCCGAGCUGGGGGUCCAUGAGCAGCUCCAGGAUGGGGAGGAGAAGCCCCACAAGUGCUCCGAGUGUGGGAGGAGCUUCUGGAAGAGCUCCAACCUGACCCGCCACCUCAGAAUCCACACGGGAGAGCGGCCCUACGUGUGUGGGGUGUGUGGGAAGAGCUUCACCCAGAAAACCCACCUGAGUGACCACCAGAAGAUCCACGCUGGGCAACAGCUGGGCGGAAAUCCAACCCCGGCUCGUGAAGGCGGUCAGGUAUUGAUGGUGGUGGUCCAAGAGCAGCUCCAGGAUGGGGAGGAGAAGCCCCACAAGUGCUCGGAGUGCGGGAAGAGCUUCAGGAAGAGAGCCAACCUGAUGGAGCACAGCAGGGUCCACACCGGGGAGAAGCCCUACAAGUGCGGGGAGUGUGGGGAGAGCUUCAGCUGGAACUCGCAGCUCAUCCGCCACCAGAGGGUGACCCACACCGGCGAGAGACCCUACGCGUGCCAGUUCUGCGCCAAGAGCUUCACCUGCAAGUCCCACCUGACCAGCCACCUGAGGACCCACACCGGGGAGAAGCCCUACGAGUGCGACCAGUGCCAGAAGAGGUUCCAGAGCAGCUCCUCGCUCGUCGUCCACCAGCGCUCGCACACGGGCGAGCGGCCGUUCCGGUGCCCCGAGUGCGGCGCGGGCUUCAAGGAGAACUCGGCCCUCGUCCGGCACCGCCGCACCCACACCGGGGAGAGGCCCUACGGGUGCGAGCAGUGCCAGAGCUCCUUCCCGACCCGCUCGCUGCUGGCGGAGCACCAGCGCAUCCACACCGGGGAGAAACCGUUCCGCUGCGACGACUGCGGGAAGGGCUUCCGGCAAAAGUCCAGCCUGGUCAAGCACCGGAGGAUCCACACCGGGGAGAGGCCGUACGUGUGCGGGCAGUGCGGGAAGAGCUUCACGCAGAGCUCCAACCUGUUCGCGCACCAGAGGGGCCACGCGGAGCGGCCCUACGAGUGCGAGUACUGCUGGAGGAGCUUCUCGCAGAGCUCCAGCCUGAUCGUCCACCAGAAGUGCCACACGCAGGUGAGGCCCUACGAGUGCAGGAAGUGCGGCAAGAGCUUCACCACCAAGUCCUGCCUCCUCACCCACCGCAUGAUCCACACCGGGGAGCGGCCCCACGAGUGCGGGGAGUGCGGCAAGGCCUUCAUGUCCAAGUCCCACCUGGUUUACCACCAGAGGAUGCACAGCGGGGAGAAACCCUACGAGUGUGAUUGCUCCGAGUGUGGGAAGAGCUUCAGGUGGAGAUCCUUGCUGAUGCAGCAUUGCAGAAUCCACACGGGGGAACGACCCUACGAGUGUGGGGUGUGUGGGAAGGGCUUCACCUCGAGCUCCAGCCUGACUGUCCAUCUGAGGAGCCACACAGGGGAGAGGCCCUACGAGUGUGACGAGUGCAAGAAGAGGUUUCGGAGCAGCGGUGAUCUCGUGGUGCACCAGCGCUCACACACAGACGAGAGGCCCUUCCAGUGCCCAGACUGCAGGAAGCGCUUCAACCGCGUCUCCACCCUCAACAGGCACCGGAUGAUCCACACCGGGAAGAGGCCCUACGAGUGUGGUCAGUGCAAGAAAAGGUUUGACAGGUCCUCCCAUCUCCUCCGUCACCAGCUCAUUCACACCGAGGAGAGGCCUUUCCAUUGCCCUGACUGCGGAAAGGGCUUCAAGCAGAACGGCACCCUCAUCACCCACCAGCGUAUCCACACCGGGGAGAGACCCUACAAGUGUGAUCAGUGUGGGAAGAGCUUCAGAGACAGCUCCAACCUGACUGCCCACCUGAGAAGCCACACCGGGGAGAGGCCCUAUGCGUGUGAUCAGUGCCAGAAGAGGUUCCUGAGCAGCUCUGAUCUCCUCCGUCACCAGCGCAGUCACACCAGGGAGAGGCCCUACGAGUGUGAUCAGUGCCAGAAGAAGUUUUACACCACGUCUGAUCUCCUCAAGCACCAGCGCUCAUGCACGGGUAAGAAACCCUUCCAGUGCCCCGACUGCAAGAAGGUGUUCCGGAAUAACUCUGCCCUCAUCACCCACCAGCGCAUCCACACCGGGGAGAGGCCCUACGAAUGUGAUCAGUGCAAGAAGAGUUUUCAGCAUAGCUCCCAUCUGCUCCGUCACCAACACAUCCACACUGGGGAGAGACCAUAGGAGUGUGGUCAGUGCCAGAAGAGGUUCCUGAGCAGCUCCCAUCUGCUCCGUCACCAGCUGAUCCACACCGGGGAGAGGCCGUUCCACUGCUGUGACUGCGGGCAGCGCUUCAGGCACAACUCUGCCCUCAUCGUCCACCGGCGCAUCCACACCGGGGAGAGACCCCACGAGUGUCCCCAGUGUGGGAAGGGCUUCCGAAAGAGCUCCAGCCUGACUGUGCACCUGAGGAGCCACGCUGGAGAGAGGCCCUAUGAGUGUGAUCAGUGCCAGAAGGGCUUUUACACCUCGUCUCAACUCCUCGUGCACCAGCGCAUCCACACGGACGAGAGGCCCUUCCGCUGUCCCAGUUGUGGGGUGGGAUUCAAGCACAACUCAGAUCUGGUCAGACACAGGAGGAUCCACACCGGGGAGAGACCCCACAAGUGUCCCCAGUGUGGGAAGAGCUUUUCUCGAAUUUCCAGCUGCAGCACACACCAGAAGAAACAAAUCCACACGGGGGAACGACCCUACGAGUGUGAUGUGUGCAAGAAGAGGUUCUUGAGCAGCUCCAAUCUUCGUGGUCACCAGCGGAUUCACACCGAGGAGCGGCCGUUCCACUGUCCUUAUUGUGGGAAGGGAUUCAGGGGAACUUCCACUCUCACCACCCACCGGCGCAUUCACACUGGGGAGAGACCAUAUGAGUGUGAUCAGUGCCAGAAGAGGUUCCUGACCAGCUCUGAUCUCCACAAGCACCAGCGGAUCCACACCGGGGAGAGGCCCUACGAGUGUGGUCAGUGCCAGAAGAGGUUCCUGAGCAGCUCCCAUCUCCUCAGUCACCAGCUCAUUCACACCCGGGAGAGGCCGUUCCACUGCCGUGAGUGCGGGCAGGGAUUCAGUCGCAAGUGUGCCCUCGUCGUCCACCAGCGCAUCCACACCGGGGAUAGACCCCACGAGUGUCCCCAGUGUGGGAAGGGCUUCACCCAGAGCUCCCAUCUGACUGUCCACCUGAGGAGCCACGCUGGUGAGAGGCCCUAUGAGUGUCCCCAGUGUGGGAAGAGUUUCAACCAGAGCUGCAAUCUGACUGUCCACCUCAGAAGCCACACCGGGGAGAGGCCCUACGAGUGUGAUCAGUGCCAGAAGGGCUUUUACACCUCGUCUGAACUCCUCAGUCACCAGCGCAUCCACACGGACGAGAGGCCCUUCCGCUGUCCUGAUUGUGGGGUGGGAUUCAAGCACAACUCAGCUCUGGUCAGACACAGGAGGAUCCACACCCGGGAGAGACCCUAUGAGUGUCUCCAGUGUGGGCAGAGCUUCUCUAAAAUCACUACCUUGAGAAGACACCAGAAGAGCCACCACACGGGGGAACGACCCUACGAGUGUGAUCAGUGCCAGAAGAGGUUUGUGACCAGCUCUGAUCUCGUGGUGCACCAGCGCUCACACACAGACGAGAGGCCCUUCCAGUGCCCCGACUGCGGGAAGGGCUUCAAAAGCAUCUCCGACCUCAACAGGCACCGGCGCAUCCACAUUGGGAAGAGGCCCUACGAGUGUGGUCAGUGCCAGAUGAGGUUCCUGAGCAGCUCCAAGCUCCUCCGUCACCAGCUCAUCCACACCGGGGAGAGGCCGUUCCACUGCCGUGACUGUGGACAGAGUUUUAGACGCAACUCCCACCUCAACAGUCACCGGCGCAUCCACACCGGGGAGAGGCCCUAUGAGUGUCCCCAGUGUGGGAAGAGCUUCACCCAGAGCUCCCAUCUGACUGCCCACCUCAGGAGCCACACCGGGGAGAGGCCCUACGAGUGUGAUCAGUGCAAGAAGGGCUUUUACACCUCGUCUGAACUCCUCAGUCACCAGCGCAUCCACACGGACGAGAGGCCCUUCCGCUGUCCUGAUUGUGGGGUGGGAUUCAAGCACAACUCAACUCUGGUCACACACAAGAGGAUCCACACCGGGGAGAGACCCCACAAGUGUUCCCAUUGUGGGAAGAGCUUUUCUCGAAUUUCCAGCUUGAGCAGACACCUGCAGAGCCAGCACUGAGGGCAGCCCGGGGAGAAGCCCCACAAGUGCUCCGAAUGUGGGAAGAGGUUCACCAGGAAAUCCUACCUUACUGUCCACCUGAGGAACCACACGGGGGAACGACCCUAUGAGUGUGAUCAGUGUAAGAAGAGGUUUCAGAGUAGUGGUGAGCUCCGCAAGCACCAGCGCAUUCACACUGAGGAGAGGCCCUACGAGUGCGAUCAGUGCCAGAAGAGGUUCCGGACCAGCUCCGAGCUCCACAGGCACCAGCGGAUCCACACCGGCGAGAGGCCAUUCCGCUGCCCUGAUUGUGGGAAGGGCUUUAGGGGCAGCUCUGCCCUCAUCUUGCACCUGCACAUCCACACUGGGGAGAAGCCCUACGAGUGUGAUCAGUGCAAGAAGAGGUUUCAGAGCAGCGCCACUCUUCGUGCACACCAGAUCAUCCACACCGACGAGCGACCGUUCCGCUGUCCUGACUGUGGGAAGGGAUUCAGGCACAACUGCCACCUCAUCACCCACCGGCGCCUCCACACUGGGGAGAGACCCUACAAGUGUGGGGAGUGUGGGAAGGGCUUCACCUCAAGCUCCCACCUGACUGUCCACCAGAGGACCCACACCGGGGAGAGGCCCUACAAGUGUGAUCAGUGCAAGAAGAGGUUCCCGAGCAGUGGGGAUCUCCUCAAGCACCAGCGCGUCCACACCAAGGAGAGGCCGUUCCGCUGUCCUGAUUGUGGGAUGGGUUUCAAGUACAACUCCGCCCUCAUCGUCCACCAGAACAUCCACACUGGGGAGAGACCCCGUGAGUGUCCUCAGUGUGGGAAGAGCUUCACCAACAACUCCAGCCUGGUUUACCACCUGAGGAGCCACACCGGGGAGAGGCCCCACGAGUGUGGAGAGUGUGGGAAGAGCUUCAUGUACAAGUCCCACCUGAUUUACCACCAGAGGAGCCACACUGGGGAACGACCGUACGAGUGUGACCAGUGCCAGAAGACGUUUCAGAGCAGCUCCCAUCUCCACAUGCACCAGCGCUCACACACGGACGAGAGGCCCUUCCGCUGCCCUGACUGUGGGAAGAGCUUCAGGCACAAGGCCGAACUCGUCGCCCACCAACGCAUCCACACCGGGGAGAGGCCCUACGAGUGUGAUCAGUGUGAGAAGAGGUUCCUGAGGAGUGCUUGUCUCCUCCGUCACCAGCUCAUCCACACCGAGGAGAAACCGUUCCGCUGCUGUUACUGCGGGAAGGGCUUCACUCAGAAGAGCACACUCAUCACCCACCGGCGAAUCCACACCGGAGAGAGACCCCACGAGUGUCCCCAGUGUGGGAAGAGCUUUUGGGCUCAGAGAUCCGAGCUGGGGCUCCAUGAGCAGCUCCAGGGUGGGCAGGAGAAGCCCCACAAGUGCUCCGAGUGUGGGAAGAGCUUCAGGAGGAGAUCCUGCCUGAUGAGACAUUGCAGAAUCCACACGGGGGAACGACCCUACGAGUGUGGGGUAUGUGGGAAGAGCUUCAGAGACACCUUCAACCUGACUGUCCAUCUGAGGAGCCACACGGGGGAACGACCCUACGAGUGUGACCAGUGCAAGAAGAGGUUUCGGAGCAGCGGUGAUCUCGUGGGGCACCAGCGCUCACACACAGACGAGAGGCCCGUCCCGUGCCCCGUCUGCGGGAAGCGCUUCAAAAGCGUCUCCCACCUUAACAGGCACCGGCGCAGCCACACCGGGGAGAGGCCCUACGAGUGUGGUCAGUGCCAGAAGAGGUUCCUGAGGAGCUCUGAUCUCCUCAGCCACCAGCUCAUUCACACCGAGGAGAGGCCGUUCCACUGCCGUGAGUGUGGGAAGGGAUUCAGGCACAACUCCCACCUCAUCAGGCACCGGCGCAUCCACACCGGGGAGAGACCCCACGAGUGUCCCCAGUGUGGGAAAAGCUUCAUCCAGAGCUCCCACCUGACUGCCCACCUGAGGAGCCACACCGGGGAGAGGCCCUACGAGUGUGAUCAGUGCAAGAAGAGGUUUCGGGCGACGUCUGAUCUCCUCCUGCACCAGCGCAUCCACACGGAUGAGAAGCCCUUCCGCUGUCCUGAUUGUGGGGUGGGAUUCAAGCGGAACCGUGCCCUCAUCACCCACCGGCGCAUCCACACUGGAGAGAGACCCUACCAGUGCUCGGAGUGUGGGAAGAGUUUCAGGUUGAGAUCCUUGCUGAUGCAGCAUUGCAGAAUCCACACGGGGGAACGACCCUACAAGUGUGAUGUGUGCAAGAAGAGGUUCUUGCGCAGCUCCCAUCUGCUCCGUCACCAGCUCAUUCACAGCGAGGAGCGGCCGUUCCGCUGUCCUGAUUGUGGGAAGGGAUUCAGGGAAAAUUCCAAUCUCACCAUCCACCGGCGCAUUCACACCAUGGAGAGACCAUAUGAGUGUGAUCAGUGCAAGAAGAGGUUUAAGCGCAGCGGGGAUCUCCACAAGCACCGGCGCAUCCACGCCGGGGAGAGGCCCUACAGGUGUGGUCAGUGCCAGAAGAGGUUCCUGACCAGCUCCGAGCUCCUCAGUCACCAGCUCAUUCACACCGAGGAGAGGCCGUUCCACUGCCGUGAGUGCGGGAAGGGAUUCAGACACAACUCUGCCCUCAUCGUCCACCGGCGCAUCCACACCGGGGAGACACCCCACGAGUGUCCCCAGUGUGGGAAGGGAUUCAGAGACAGCUCCCACCUGACUGUCCACCUGAGGAGCCAUGCUGGGGAACGACCCUACGAGUGUGAUCAGUGUGAGAAGAGGUUCCUGAAGAGCUCUGAUCUCCUCAGCCACCAGCGCAGUCACACCGAGGAGAGGCCGUUCCGCUGCCGUGAGUGUGGGAAGGGAUUCAGACACAACUCCCACCUCGUCACCCACCGGCGCAUCCACACUGGGGAGAGGCCCUAUGAGUGUCCCCAGUGUGGGAAGAGCUUCACCACAAGCUCCAGCCUGACUGCCCACCUGAGGAGCCACACAGGGGAGAGGCCCUAUGAGUGUGAUCAGUGCAAGAAGGGCUUUUACACCUCGUCUGAUCUCCUCAAGCACCAGCGCAUCCACACGGACAGGAGGCCCUUCCGCUGUCCCGAUUGUGGGGUGGGAUUCAAGGAGAACUCAACCCUCAUCAAGCACAGGACGAUCCACACCGGGGAGAGGCCCCACAAGUGCUCCGAGUGUGGGAAGAGCUUCAGGUGGAGAUGCGACCUGACUGUGCAUCUGAGGAGACACACGGGGGAGACGCACUACAAGUGUGAUCAAUGCCAGAAGAGGUUCGUCACCAGCACCCAGCUCCUCAGCCACCAGCUCAUCCACACUGAGGAGACGCCGUUCUACUGCCGUGACUGCGGGAAGGGAUUCAGGUGCAAUUCCAACCUCAUAACCCACCGGCGCAUCCACACCGGAGAGAGACCCUAUCAGUGUCCCCAGUGUGGGAAGAGCUUCAGAGACAGGUCCAACCUGAAUGCCCACCUGAGGAGCCACACUGGGGAGAGGCCCUACGAGUGUGAUCAGUGCGAGAAGAGCUUUCAACGCAGCUCCCAUCUCCUCCGUCACCAGCGCAGCCACACCGAGGAGAGGCCGUUCCGCUGUCCUGAUUGUGGGAAGGCCUUCAAGGCCAACUCUGCCCUCGUCGUCCACCGUCGAAUCCACACCGGGGAGAGACCCCACGAGUGUCCCCAGUGUGGGAAGGGCUUCAGAGACAGCUCCAGCCUGACUGUGCACCUGAGGAGCCACACAGGGGAGAGGUGCUAUGAGUGUGAUCAGUGCAAGAAGAGGUUCCUGAGGAGCCCUGAUCUCCUCAGGCACUGGCUCAUUCACACCGGGGAGAGGCCCUACGGGUGUAAGCAAUGCACAAAGAGAUUUUACAGCACGUCCGACCUCCACAAGCACCAGCGCUCACACACGGACGAGAGGCCCUUCCAAUGCCCCGACUGCAAGAAGGGCUUCAAGUGCAACUCUACCCUCAUCACCCACCGCCACAUGCACACUGGAGAGAGACCCUACAAGUGUCCCCAAUGUGGGAAGAGUUUCUCCCGCAGAUCCUGGCUGAUGCAGCAUUGCAGAAUCCACACGGGGGAGCGACCCUACGAGUGUGAUGUGUGCAAGAAGAGGUUCCUGAGCAGCUCCCAUCUGCUCCGUCACCAGCUCAUUCACAGCGAGGAGCGGCCGUUCCGCUGUCCUGAUUGUGGGAAGGGAUUCAGGGAAAAUUCCACUCUCCGCACCCACCGGCGCAUUCACACUGGGGAGAGACCAUAUGAGUGUGAUCAGUGCAAGAAGAGGUUUAAGCGCAGCGGUGAACUUCGCAAGCACCAGCGCAUCCACACGGCGGAGAGACCCCACGAGUGUCCCCAGUGUGGGAAAAGCUUCAGGCAGAGCUCCAACCUGAUUGUCCACCUGAGGAGCCACACUGGGGAACGACUCUACGAGUGUGGUCAGUGCCAGAAGAGGUUCCUGAGCAGCUCCCAUCUCCUCAGUCACCAGCUCAUUCACACCGAGGAGAGGCCGUUCCACUGCCAUGAGUGCAGGAAGGGAUUCAGACACAAGUCCCACCUCAUCACCCACCGGCGCAUCCACACUGGGGAGAGGCCCCACGAGUGUCCCCAGUGUGGGAAAAGCUUCAUCCAGAGCUCCCACCUGACUGCCCACCUGAGGAGCCACACCGGGGAGAGGCCCUAUGAGUGUGAUCAGUGCAAGAAGAGGUUUCGGUCGACGUCCGAUCUCCUCCUGCACCAGCGCAUCCACACGGAUGAGAAGCCCUUCUGCUGUCCUGAUUGUGGGGUGGGAUUCAAGCGGAACCGUGCCCUCAUCACCCACCGGCGCAUCCACACUGGGGAGAGACCCCACGAGUGUCUCCAGUGUGGGAAGGGCUUCACCACAAGCAGCAGCAUGACCAGACACCUACAGAGCCAGCACACCGGGGAGAGGCCCUACGAGUGUGGUCAGUGCCAGAAGAGGUUCCUGAGAAGCUCCCAGCUCCUCCGUCACCAGCUCAUUCACACCGAGGAGAAGCCGUUCCACUGCCCUCACUGCGGGAAGGGAUUCAGACACAACUCCACCCUCAUCAUCCACCGGCGCAUCCACACCGGGGAGAGACCCUACGAGUGUCCCCAGUGUGGGAAGAGCUUCAGAGACAGGUCCAGCCUGAAUGCCCACCUCAGGAGCCACACCGGGGAGAGGCCCUACGAGUGUGGUCAGUGCCAGAAGAGGUUCCUGAGCAGCUCCGAGCUCCUCAGCCACCAGCUCAUUCACACCGGGGAGAAGCCGUUCCACUGCCGUGAGUGUGGGAAGGGAUUCAGGCGCAACUCCCACCUCAUCACCCACCGGCGCAUCCACACCGGGGAGAGACCCCACGAGUGUCCCCAGUGUGGGAAAAGCUUCAUCCAGAGCUCCCACCUGACUGCCCACCUGAGGAGCCACACCGGGGAGAGGCCCUACGAGUGUGAUCCGUGCAAGAAGACGUUUCAAGCCCCAUCCAAUCUCCUCCUGCACCAGCGCAUCCACACGGAUGGGAAGCCCUUCCGCUGUCCUGAUUGUGGGGUGGGAUUCAAGCGGAACCGUGCCCUCAUCUCCCACCGGCGCAUCCACACUGGGGAGAGACCCUACCAGUGCUCGGAGUGUGGGAAGAGUUUCAGGUUGAGAUCCUUGCUGAUGCAGCAUUGCAGAAUCCACACGGGGGAACGACCCUACAAGUGUGAUGUGUGCAAGAAGAGGUUCUUGCGCAGCUCCCAUCUGCUCCGUCACCAGCUCAUUCACAGCGAGGAGCGGCCGUUCCGCUGUCCUGAUUGUGGGAAGGGAUUCAGGGAAAAUUCCACUCUCACCAUCCACCGGCGCAUUCACACCAUGGAGAGACCAUAUGAGUGUGAUCAGUGCAAGAAGAGGUUUAAGCGCAGCGGGGAUCUCCACAAGCACCGGCGCAUCCACGCCGGGGAGAGGCCCUACGAGUGUGGUCAGUGCCAGAAGAGGUUCCUGACCAGCUCCGAGCUCCUCAGUCACCAGCUCGUUCACACCGGGGAGAGGCCCUUCCACUGCCGUGAGUGCGGGCAGAGCUUCAGACACAACUCUGCCCUCAUCGUCCACCGGCGCAUCCACACCGGGGAGAGGCCACACGAGUGUGCCCAGUGUGGGAAGGGAUUCAGAGACAGCUCCCACCUGACUGUGCACCUGAGGAGCCAUGCUGGGGAACGACCCUACGAGUGUGGUCAGUGCCAGAAGAGGUUCCUGAAGAGCUCUGAUCUCCUCAGCCACCAGCGCAGUCACACCGAGGAGAGGCCGUUCCGCUGCCGUGAGUGUGGGAAGGGAUUCAGACACAACUCCCACCUCGUCACCCACCGGCGCAUCCACACUGGGGAGAGGCCCUAUGAGUGUCCCCAGUGUGGGAAGAGCUUCACCACAAGCUCCAGCCUGACUGCCCACCUGAGGAGCCACACAGGGGAGAGGCCCUACGAGUGUGAUCAGUGCCAGAAGGGCUUUUACACCUCCACCCAGCUCCUCAGCCACCAGCUCAUCCACACUGAGGAGACGCCGUUCUACUGCCGUGACUGUGGGAAGGGAUUCAGGUGCAAUUCCAACCUCAUCACCCACCGGCGCAUCCACACCGGAGAGAGACCCUAUCAGUGUCCCCAGUGUGGGAAGAGCUUCAGAGACAGGUCCAACCUGAAUGCCCACCUGAGGAGCCACACCGGGGAGAGGCCCUACGAGUGUGAUCAGUGCGAGAAGAGCUUUCAACGCAGCUCCCAUCUCCUCCGUCACCAGCGCAGCCACACCGAGGAGAGGCCGUUCCGCUGUCCUGAUUGUGGGAAGGCCUUCAAGGCCAACUCUGCCCUCGUCGUCCACCGUCGAAUCCACACCGGGGAGAGACCCCACGAGUGUCCCCAGUGUGGGAAGAGCUUCAGAGACAGCUCCAGCCUGACUGUGCACCUGAGGAGCCACACAGGGGAGAGGUGCUAUGAGUGUGAUCAGUGCAAGAAGAGGUUCCUGAGGAGCCCUGAUCUCCUCAGGCACUGGCUCAUUCACACCGGGGAGAGGCCCUACGGGUGUAAGCAAUGCAAAAAGAGAUUUUACAGCACGUCCGACCUCCACAAGCACCAGCGCUCACACACGGACGAGAGGCCCUUCCAAUGCCACGACUGCAAGAAGGGCUUCAAGUGCAACUCUACCCUCAUCACCCACCGCCACAUGCACACUGGAGAGAGACCCCACAAGUGCUCGGAGUGUGGGAAGAGCUUCAGGAGGAGAUCCUGCCUGAUUGUGCACCAGAGAAUCCACACGGGGGAGAAGCCCCACAAGUGCUCCGAGUGUGGGAAGAGCUUCAGGUGGAGAUCCUGGCUGAUGCAGCAUUGCAGAAUCCACACGGGGGAGCGACCCUACGAGUGUGAUGUGUGCAAGAAGAGGUUCCUGAGCAGCUCCCAUCUGCUCCGUCACCAGCGGAUUCACACCGAGGAGCGGCCGUUCCGCUGUCCUGAUUGUGGGAAGGGAUUCAGGGAAAAUUCCACUCUCCGCACCCACCGGCGCAUUCACACUGGGGAGAGACCAUAUGAGUGUGAUCAGUGCAAGAAGAGGUUUAAGCGCAGCGGUGAACUUCGCAAGCACCAGCGCAUCCACACGGCGGAGAGACCCCACGAGUGUCCCCAGUGUGGGAAAAGCUUCAGGCAGAGCUCCAACCUGAUUGUCCACCUGAGGAGCCACACUGGGGAACGACUCUACGAGUGUGGUCAGUGCCAGAAGAGGUUCCUGAGCAGCUCCCAUCUCCUCAGUCACCAGCUCAUUCACACCGGGGAGAGGCCGUUCCACUGCCAUGAGUGCAGGAAGGGAUUCAGACACAAGUCCCACCUCAUCACCCACCGGCGCAUCCACACCGGGGAGAGGCCCCACGAGUGUCCCCAGUGUGGGAAAAGCUUCAUCCAGAGCUCCCACCUGACUGCCCACCUGAGGAGCCACACCGGGGAGAGGCCCUAUGAGUGUGAUCAGUGCAAGAAGAGGUUUCGGUCGACGUCCGAUCUCCUCCUGCACCAGCGCAUCCACACGGAUGAGAAGCCCUUCUGCUGUCCUGAUUGUGGGGUGGGAUUCAAGCGGAACCGUGCCCUCAUCACCCACCGGCGCAUCCACACCGGGGAGAGGCCCUACGAGUGUGGUCAGUGCCAGAAGAGGUUCCUGAGAAGCUCCCAGCUCCUCCGUCACCAGCUCAUUCACACCGAGGAGAAGCCGUUCCACUGCCCUCACUGCGGGAAGGGAUUCAGACACAACUCCACCCUCAUCAUCCACCGGCGCAUCCACACCGGGGAGAGACCCUACGAGUGUCCCCAGUGUGGGAAGAGCUUCAGAGACAGGUCCAGCCUGAAUGCCCACCUCAGGAGCCACACCGGGGAGAGGCCCUACGAGUGUGGUCAGUGCCAGAAGAGGUUCCUGAGCAGCUCCGAGCUCCUCAGCCACCAGCUCAUUCACACCGGGGAGAGGCCGUUCCACUGCCGUGAGUGUGGGAAGGGAUUCAGGCGCAACUCCCACCUCAUCACCCACCGGCGCAUCCACACCGGGGAGAGACCCCACGAGUGUCCCCAGUGUGGGAAAAGCUUCAUCCAGAGCUCCCACCUGACUGCCCACCUGAGGAGCCACACCGGGGAGAGGCCCUACGAGUGUGAUCCGUGCAAGAAGACGUUUCAAGCCCCAUCCAAUCUCCUCCUGCACCAGCGCAUCCACACGGAUGGGAAGCCCUUCCGCUGUCCUGAUUGUGGGGUGGGAUUCAAGCGGAACCGUGCCCUCAUCUCCCACCGGCGCAUCCACACUGGGGAGAGACCCUACAAGUGCUCCGAGUGUGGGAAGAGCUUCAAGAGGAGAUCCUGCCUGAUGCAGCAUUGCAGAAUCCACACGGGGGAACGACCCUACGAGUGUGAUGUGUGCAAGAAGAGGUUCUUGAGCAGCUCCCAUCUGCUCCGUCACCAGCGGAUUCACACUGAGGAGCGGCCGUUCCGCUGUCCUGAUUGUGGGAAGGGAUUCAGGGAAAAUUCCACUCUCACCACCCACCGGCGCAUUCACAGUGGGGAGAGACCAUAUGAGUGUGAUCAGUGCAAGAAGAGGUUUAAGCGCCGCGGGGAUAUCCACAAGCACCGGCGCAUCCACACCGGGGAGAGGCCCUACGAGUGUGGUCAGUGCCAGAAGAGGUUCCUGACCAGCUCCGAGCUCCUCAGCCACCAGCUCAUCCACACCGAGGAGAGGCCGUUCCGCUGCCGUGAGUGCGGGAAGGGAUUCAGGCACAAGUCUGCCCUCAUCGUCCACCGGCGCAUCCACACUGGGGAGCGGCCCUACGAGUGUCCGCAGUGUGGGAAGGGUUUCAUCCAGAGCUCCAGCCUGACUGCCCACCUGCGGAGCCACACUGGGGAACGACCCUACGAGUGUGAUCAGUGUGAAAAGAGGUUCCUGAGGAGCUCUGAUCUCCUCAGUCACCAGCGCAUCCACACCGAGGAGAAGCCGUUCUGGUGCCGUGACUGCGGGAAGGGAUUCAGACACAAUUCUGGCCUCAUCGUCCACCGGCGCAUCCACACCGGGGAGAGACCCCACGAGUGUCCCCAGUGUGGGAAAAGCUUCAGGCAGAGCUCCCACCUGACUGCCCACCUCAGGAGCCACACCGGGGAGAGGCCCUACGAGUGUGAUCAGUGCAAGAAGAGGUUUCGGGCGACGUCUGAUCUCCUCCUGCACCAGCGCAUCCACACGGAUGAGAAGCCCUUCCGCUGUCCUGAUUGUGGGGUGGGAUUCAAGCGGAACCGUGCCCUCAUCACCCACCGGCGCAUCCACACUGGAGAGAGACCCUACCAGUGUCCCCAGUGUGGGAAGGGCUUCACCACAAGCGCCACCCUCAACAGGCACCGGAUGAUCCACACCGGGGAGAGGCCCUACGAGUGUGAUCAGUGUGGGAAGAGGUGCCGGAGCAGCUCCCAUCUCCUCAGUCACCAGCUCAUUCACACCGAGGAGAGGCCGUUCCACUGCCCUGACUGCGGGCAGAGCUUCAGGCACAACUCCCACCUCAUCGUCCACCGGCGCAUCCACACCGGGGAGAGACCCCACGAGUGUCCCCAGUGUGGGAAGGGGUUCACAGAGAGCUCCCACCUGACUGCCCACCUGAGGAGCCACACUGGGGAGAGGCCCUACGAGUGUGAUCAGUGCCAGAAGAGUUUUGCGAGCAGCGGCGAUCUCCGCAAGCACCAGCGCAUCCACACCGGGGAGAGGCCCUACAAGUGUCCCCACUGUGGGAAAAGCUUCUCCCGGAGUUUCAACUUGACCCAGCACCAACGCACCCAGCAUUAGAGUCCACCCUGGGUGGGAAGAACUUUGUGAUCUGCUCCAGCUCUGGUGGUCUCAGAGCUCUGGGUGAUCCCAGGUGGGCAGAGCCCAGGUGAUCCCUGUUUGGAGCACACCUGGCUUAGGGGCUCCACAUCCUCCUGGCUCCCCGUGGCCUGGAU